AUGCCAAUUGCCUCCCGAAUUUUAAAUGGACCGCCAUCUUCCGCCUCUUCAGAAAGAAACUGGUCUUUACACGGCCACAUACAUACAAGCAAAAGAAAUAGAUUAUCACAGGAUAAAAUUCAGAACCUGGUUGCUAUUCAUUCUAAUUUGGUUACAAACGAAAAACAGACAUUCAUUUACGAUGCUAGACCAGUUCCACUUUUAGAAGACACUGGCAAAGAUUAUGCUGUUUUGUCCGUCCAUGAAGACGAAGCGGAGAUCGAGUAUGAAUCAGAUGCUUAG